UUUAGGUUCCCUAAAAACAAACGUCUGUGUUAAUUACAAAACAAUUAAUGCACGUUGUUGCCAAAUGUUUAACAAAAGCUAGUCCUAGUGAAUAUCAUAUGAAAUAAUAAGAACAUUUGGAUCAACAUUUGACCUCCCAUGAUCAAUGUUUUCACCUGGUUCUGAUAGAACAAAUUUGAGAGCGGAAGUCCCUCCUUUCGUCCCAAGAAGAGAAUGGCCUGAAGGUUCAAUGGAGCAACAUAAUGGUGGUCCGCUGCCAAGAUAUGUAACCACAUGCUACCCAUUUGUACAGGAUAAUCAAGAUAGGCAUCCUGCACAAAUAGGGAUUAAUAUGAACCAAAGAAUGGCAAACCAAAACAUGCGGAACUCUUAUUCAAGUGUUAACUACCUAAGUAACAACCCUAACCCUGCAACUCAGUUGACAAAUGCCAACACCCAGAUGGGAAUGGUUCAACAAAACUUUUCCGCACAGCUUUUUUCGGGUAAUUUGGCUGACACUGCUCACAUUACAGCAGUUUAUGGAGAUUCUUUUCAAUGCCAAUACCCUCCUAACCAAACGUCUAUGAUAGUGCAAAAGACUUCUUCUUUAUCAAGGUCAAGCAGCAGAGGAAGUGGAAAGAAGAUCCUUAAGAGGAAUGUUGGGACACAGAAGGAAGUAAGCAGAAGAUCACCUGUCUCUCCUGAGAUGGUGGAUAGCUGUCAACAAACUGAUUUUCCGAUGAGCGUCGCAUGUAAAUCACUCACUGACCACCCAAGCUCCCUCAGGAGGGCAACAAAGAGUAGAAGACGUCGCGAAACCUGUUCAUCACAAUCGGGGAACUGUGAUUCAUCAAGUGACCACGCUGAUGCUGACGUUGACAGUGAUUCUGGGUAUUACAGCCCAAAACAUCGUCUUGGUCAUAAAAGAAAUGGAGGAACCAGCACUAAUGGUUUAUGGUCGAGAAACGAAAAGGACCCAGUACCCCAAGUAAUCUACAUCACCCCAACGAACGUGGCCCCACCAGUGUCUUUAUUCCAAGUUCAUUCAUCCGCCCAUAACCAUAUGUUCCCUAACUCAUUACCCCCUCAAGUUACCCCACCCCCCAACAGUUUGUUGGGUUAUGGCCACCCAGGUCCCCCCAUUAUACUUUCACCCCCACCCAACCAAAUACUGGCUAAUCGUCCUACCCCUCCCUUUCCUAUCCAUCCCAGUAUGAUUGGGAAUCGCAAUCCAAACCAGUGCCCAAGCAACAACAACUGGAACAUAAACCAACUCGCGUUACCCCCCGGCUACUGGCCCAACAAUUCCACCCACCCCCCACAACAUCGACAUCAAACACGAAAUCCCUCCCUUGAUUUCCGACACCAAAGAAACCUAAAAAAGUUUGAGUUUUACGGCGAGCAGCCAUAUGUUUCUGCCGCUGGAUCCCAGUUUUUGCAGGGACACUUCGAUAAACGAAAGCACGACAAACGGAAAACAGUGGAUGAGGUUCCAAGCCGAGAACGAAGUCCAGUUGUAAUGCAAACUCACGAGCAACCUAAUACGAACAACCUGCACUUCCAUGGGGACAACUCCAUGAUCAUGCUAUCGGACACGCAAGAGUUCCCUGGGUUAGAUGGAAACUUCUUCAGCACGUCAUCUUCUCCUUCAAUCAAUGCAUUCUCAUAUAGUGCUGCUGUUAUGGGGAAGAUACCAAGGCCCAUCGCUCCGAUAAACAGCAGCGCCCCUUACCCAUCCUCUGCUGCAAACCUCAAUGAAAAGUCCCAAGCACAGAAGACUAAGAAGAGGAGGAAGAAAGCAGAGCGGGCUGCGAGAGCCGCAGAUGAGGAAUAUGCAGAGAUCAGCAAAGAGCAAGAAAAUAUACAAAAAGUGCUGAAGAAAACAGCUUCGUCUCGAAACAAAAAUAAAAACCAAGUUCUUGAUUUGGGUGAAUUCUUGACCUCAAAGUUUGAGGAGAAAAAACUAUUGUCGGACUCUCCAACUAAAAACACUGAAGUUGCGAAAUCUUGGGAAGAAGGACAUUUAGUUGCAAAACCUCCACUUGAUUUAAAUAUGAAGAUCAAACCAACUGGUCCUCCAGCAAAUGCAUUAGAUAGCACAGCACCUUUAAUUAAGAAAGGAAAGGAGAGGGAAGUUCCCAAACCUAAGAAACCAAGUGCCCUUAAAAAGGUGAUCUUAAAAGAAAGGGAGGAAAAGAAGGAACAUCAUUUGAAACAACUCACAACGAUGUUAAGUCCUGAAACUGACGUGCCACCUUAUCCUCCUGCACUUUAUAAAAUACCAGUACCAAGUGACGAUGAGAAAUCAUUAGGGCACGACACAAACACGGAGGUCAGCGUUAGCAUUCCGCCCACAGUACCUCAGAUACAUAGUCGGAGAUAUAGAGAGUAUUGCUGUCAAGUCCUUGACAAGCGAGUUGAUGAAAUGAGCAACCAGAUGUUACAGAGACUCGUCUACUUUCAAGAUAGACUUUACAAAACUGACCCAGCGAAGGCAAAAAGAAAACGCAGAGUUGUGCUUGGUUUUCGUGAGGUGACUAAGCAUUUAAAGAUGAAGAAAUUACGCUGUGUCAUCAUAUCGCCCAACCUUGAAAAAAUUGAAUCAAAAGGUGGUUUGGAUGAUGUCUUGCAUGAAAUACUUGAUCUCUGUAAAGAACAAAAUAUUCCUUAUGUUUUUGCUCUUGGGAAGAAGGCACUCGGACGAGCUGUUUCGAAAACUGUUCCCGUGUCGAUUGUUGGUGUGUUUGAUUACAGCGGUGCAGAGGCUCAGUUCAAGCAGCUUGUGGAACUUGUAAAAGAAGCUCAACUUCAAUAUAAAGACAUGGUUCAAAUAUACCAGAAGCAAGUUGCUGAAGCCAACAAACCUGUACAGAGUGCUGGACCCUCGAAGAGAUAUGCGUACAUGACCCAUUCACGCAAUGCAUCUGCCACCAGCCAUCUGUCGGUUACCAGCAUUAUAUCUGAGCCUAUAUCAGAGAUGAAUGAAGGGAGUAACUGGAGGGUGAUCAUGGAUGCGGGAGAAGAUGGUCUCUCCCCUCCUCCCGAGGAUGAUGUAUCAGAAGAAGAAGAAGUGGAGGAAAGUCCAGGGAAAGAGAAACCAGCUCCUCCUGUUCCUGUGAAGGGUGGGGAAGAACUGAGCCGCAAGGAUUCCGGGAGCACAGUUGUUGAGUGCCCGCAUCCGGAGUUACAACCAGAUGAUAACUUUGUGUCCGAGCUUCCAGGAGAGGAGGAAUCAUCAUCAGUGGAUGCAGAGGAUGCUGAAGAGAUGAACUUGAACCAUCGACGAGCGCUCGAUAAAUCUUUCUCCACGUGCAGCACCCUGAAGCCCGAGGGUGGAGUGUCUCCCCGCAUCUCAACAACAUCCGAAUCUUCAUCGUUGAUCCCAGAUGAUGUUAGCUCCCAAUCAUCUGCCCAGGAUCGGAUCCAGCUUUGGUUGGAGGACGCGACUCGAUCCGUUGUAGAUCUCGAUCUCAAUGAUGUUGUUCCGGAUGCGGAGGAUGUAAACUCUGAGAGCAAACUCGUUACUCCGGAUGUAAAUGAAAGUAAGUGAAGCCCAAUUAUUUACCCCCUAAUAUAAUAUAUGCCACGUAUGAUAUUUUGCCCCACCACGCAAAUAGGGGUUUAAUUAGUAAGGUACAUAUUGCUUUUUCUUCAUUAUAAUCUGCAGUUGCAGUGUUAUAUUACUACGAUUCGCUUUUAGUUGCCCUCUUACUUUUGAAGCUAACAGCCGAGUUUUACCAUUUCUUUGCCAAUCGACCUUUGCAUUUGUUUCCUAAUUAAACUCAACCCCAAUGAAGUCCCGCAGGUAUUCUCUGUUUUGGAAAGAUGGGUCAUUGAAUCCGGUGUUAUAUUUUUGUACUUUUUCGCAAUUUUGCGCAAAAUCGGCUUCAUUUUUCUUUGUUGUAAAAUACUUGUACACCCUGAGGUGUUAUACAUAUAUUCGACAGUAUGCAAUGUGUACGAUACGUUUU